UUCAUUUUUCAUUAAUAAAGCGAUAAGAAGAUAAAAGGUUACCAGGAAAGGUUUCCUUUAGGUUACAUUUGUACAGAUAAUUCAAAAUAUGAUCAGUAGAAAUGCUUAAAAAAUACAUUUCCUUAUUAAAAAAAGAUCAUUUAUCCUUUUUGGUUGUAAGAACAAAAAGUAGCAAGGCUUCAAAAGGAAAAUCCAAAGAAACUGCUAAACUUAAAGCAUUAGAACAUUUUGAUGAUUUAUAUGGAAAAGUAUUUGAGAAGAAAUGGCCUUCGAUUCGAUUAGGAUUACUUUCUCAACAAAAAUAUAUUGCUGUAUUAAAUAAUUAUGGUGACAAAGAAAAGGCUGCUACUUUCUUAGAGAAUCAUGGUGCUAUUAAUAUUAAUAAGUUCUUUGAAUAUCGAAACCUCAAUAUGUCUAUAAGAAAAAAAAUACAAAGAAAAACUACUUUAAACGAUGUAAAUGAAAAAUUUGUAAAAAUUAGUGAGGAAAAGUUAGAAGAAGAAAUCUCUGAUUUGUAUCCAUCUGAGUUACCUGAUACUAAAUACUCAAAUACGGCUAGUGAUAGGUUCAUUGACCCUUCAGUAAGUACUUCUUCUUUACAUGAAUAUGUACCAGCCACUAAAAUAAAAGGAUCGAGUGAUUAUCUGCAAGAAUCACAACAUUAUUCAUAUUAUGUAGACAGUUCAAAUUUUACACCUAUCAUAUUAGAUGAAAGUAAUUUGAUGUUUCCUGAGCAUUUAAGUAUAUAUACUUAUGAACCUGGCAAUGUCCAAUCUUUUCCACCUCCAAAAUCUGGAUCUACUGGAGUUUCAGAUUAUUACUUGAUGGAUGGUGGCUCAUUACUCCCUGUGCUUGCCUUGGAUCUCCAGCCAGAUGAUACAGUUUUAGAUAUGUGCGCGGCACCUGGUGGUAAAAGCUUCUUGUGUCUUCAAACAUUAUAUCCAAAAACAGUUACGUGUAAUGAUAUAUCUGAAUCACGAUUAAAAAGAGUUACUUCUGUUUUUAAAGAAUUUUUUUAUGACUAUCCAAAGAAGCUUGCAGGUAAUGAAAUAAAAUUGACACUGCUUGAUGCUAGACAUAUUGAUGCAUUUGGUGUUUAUAAUAAGAUCUUGGUUGAUGUCCCAUGCACUACUGAUAGGCAUUCAGUGAUGGAAGAUGAUAAUAAUAUUUUUAAAGCUAGUAGACUCAAAGAAAGAAUAAGAAUUCCAGAACUACAAUCUGAGAUAUUAAUGCAAGCACUGAAGAUUGUUGCUGUUGGUGGUACUGUUGUUUAUUCAACUUGUAGUCUUUCACCUAUUCAGAAUGAUGGUGUAGUUCACAUGGCUCUUAAAAGAGUCCAUGAAGAGACUGGUUGUGAAAUAAUCGUAAUGAACAUGAAAGAAGCUCUGGAGCCUACAAAUAUUCUGUAUAAAUACAGCAAUAUUGAUCUUCGCUAUGGGCAUCUUAUAGUUCCUUUUCUAGUUAACAACUUUGGCCCCAUGUAUUUCUACAAGGUAAUAGAAGAAGUGUGUGCGAUUUAUAAUGGAAUAUUAAAAAUAAAUAGACUUUGUUAUGAAAUUGAAGAAUUAUCCAAGCACGGUACCCUAUUUCCACCUGAGAUAUUGGAUGUGUACGAAUCAGAAGUAGAGAAACUUGGCUUAAAAGAUGAAUGGGGUGAUAUCUGCAUUCCAAAUGGUGGUUAUUCCUACAAUAAAGACCCAGUGGGCAGAAGGAAUGGUAAAAAACCAAAUGAGCAUAUGGAAAAGACUCUCAAAGAGGCAGUUGAAGAAGUUAAGUCAAUGGUUUCUAAAAAGUUAAUCGAGAUAAAUAAAUGUCUAUACUUAAAAACAGUUCAAGAAGCUCUGGAUAUUUUAAGAGGUGUGGUUUUGAUUGUGUAUCCGAUGAACUUGCCUCCUCAUGAUGUCAUUCGUAAAGAAUUAGAAAAUAAUGAAGAUUUAACUGGAACUCAAGCAGCAAAAGAAGUCAUUGACAGCUCCCGUGCUUGUUUAUGGUGCUUUAAUAAACAGAUGUUUAGAGGUAAAAUAUUAAAAGAUUAUGUUGGCGCUAAUGAAAAAACAAAAGUGACUGUUAAACUGUCUAGGUCUGUUGAUGAUCAGCCAGUUACAGAACCUGGCUAUUCUGAGGAAGAAAGGAAAGCUAUGAUGUAUUAUUCAUAUAAGCGUGAAGAAGAAUUAAAGAAAUUAGAUCGAGAUGAUGAUGAUAAUUAUCAUAGUUCUCCCUGGGCAGAUAGUGGAAAUCUGAAAAGGUCAUUGCAAGGCUGUCAUAAUAUUUCUUGGAAACCAUGA